AUGCGACUAGAGAGGGUCCACAAUUGGAAGGGAAUGGCGUUGCGACGGAAGAGAAAAAAACCGAUCAAGAAACUGGACUUUUGGGGUGACAUGCCGCAGGAACUGAAGAUGGAGAUCUUUCGUCACUUGACACCACAGGAGAUUGUGCGCUGUGCGUCCGUUUCCAAAAUGUGGAAUGAAAUGUGCUAUGACGGUCAGUUGUGGUCAAAGAUUGACACUACUGACUAUUAUCGGAAGAUCCCCAGCGAUGUUCUGAUAAAGCUGAUUACCUCUGGAGGUCCAUUUGUGCGUGAUCUCAACUUGAGAGGCUGCGUGCAACUUCGCGAUAAAUGGAACUCAAAGGGUGGACACAUCUCUGAGCUGUGUCAGAAUAUCGUCAACUUUUCACUUGAAGGAUGUAAAAUUGACAAGGCGUCUAUGCACUCGUUCCUCUCGCACAACUUGCGCUUGGAGCACAUCAAUCUUUCGGGUCUGCGGAACGUCACGAAGAACUCAACAAUGAAGAUCAUCGCGCAGUCUUGUCCGCUGCUCGAGACGUUGAAUGUAUCAUGGUGCCAUGAUAUUACCUCCAAGGGCCUUCGUAAGAUCAUUCAGUCGUGUGAGCAGUUAAAGGAUCUUCGAGCUAGCGAAAUCAAUGCAUUUCAAGACGAGGACCUCGCACUGGAGAUAUUCGAGGGUAACAAAUUGGAGCGAUUGAUCAUGGGGCGCACUAAUCUGAAUGAUAAAUGCUUGAAGAUCUUGAUGCACGGUGUGAACCCCGAGAUAGACUUGUUGACGAACCAUCCCAUCGUAACCCCACGACGGUUCCGACAUCUCGAUCUGCACCGCUGUCCCGAUGUUACUGACAAGGGAUUGAAGAGCUUAGCAUUCAAUGUUCCAGACCUAGAAGGUCUUCAAGUUUCCAAAUGCCCCGAACUGACUGAUGAGUCAAUCAUUGAGAUUAUUCGCACCACACCGGUCCUCUCCCAUUUACAAAUGGAAGAUCUUGAGAAACUCACAAACAACACCCUUGUUGAGCUCGCCAAAUCCCCUUGCGCCCAGCAUCUUGAACACCUCAAUGUCAGUUACUGCGAGAGCCUGGGUGAUCCGGGAAUGCUUCAAAUCAUGAAGAGCUGCCCAAAACUGCGCUCUGUGGAAAUGGACAACACGCGCGUCUCUGAUCUGACCUUGGCGGAGGCGUGUUUACGUGUCCGGCGUCGUGGCCACGGUGAAGAACUUCCCAAGAUCGGACUCCGAUUAGUUGUGUUCGACUGUGCCAAUGUCACUUGGGCCGGCAUCCAAGAAGUCCUCCUCAAGAACUCACAAGCACCCCGCAUACGCAAACCGAUGGCAGCAGACGCACAAAAAUCAGCGGCAGAAGUCGUAACAGUGACUCAAACAUUGGACGCAGGCUCAUCCUCGAUGACUUCCACUUACAUCUCCAUGUCAGCACCAACGCCAUCACCACCGACGUCAUCGCCACCAACGCCGCCGGCCAUGUAUGUGAAGGAGAUCAUCCAGCUGAAAUGCUUUUAUGGAUGGCAGAUGAUGGUCGAUCAACAUACCAAGCGUGUUUUGCGUGGAAACCUCUCAGCGGCUAAUCGACUGCAUCGCAAAUGGGGCGAACAUAUGAUGCGGACCACAGAAGCUGGCGCCGCGGGCGUUCGCCGUUGGCAACGCUGGGCUCGUGAUGCCGAACGCAUCUACCUGGCCGAUGAUGAUGAUGAUGAUGGCGGUGCUGUUGGAGGGGUCACUAUUGUCGGUCCACGUGCACGUUGCGCGUUGAUGUAG